UCUUCCUCCUCCUCUCUUGUGAUAUGGGGAUCCCAUUCCAUCCCUCAGACAGGGGAUUGUCUUAGCACUUGUUUAAAUGCUUGCUGCCUUUGCUGGGAGAGAAAGCAGGAAAGAAGACAAGAUUUUUAUCCCUCUCGCAGCUGCGCUCGCCGAGAUAAGCAAAGUCACCGGGAGAGAAACCUUAAAGCGGAGAAGGACCGUGCAGAAUUGAACAGCUCUCGGGAGCGCACAAGCCGACUGCUCCUUCUUGCCCUGCUUUCCUCUAAUCAGUCUUUUCUUAUUGCUUGGAUUCUCCAGAUUCCCGUUUUUUUAAAUCUUCAAGGGACCGAAGAAAAGAAAAAGAACUGAAGGAUUAUUAUUUUUAAUUUUUUUCCCCCGUUACCUCUUCCAAAAGUGGAUCUGGAGUGAUCGGAGGGGAACGGGGCGAAGGGGUUGCUCCCGGUUUAAAAGAAACCCCCCCUCCCCCUCCAAAGCCCUGUUUCUCAAAAACUUGAUUGCCAAUGCCCAUCGAGAUAGUCUGCAAGAUCAAGUUUGCAGACGAGGAUGAGAGCCAGAAGGAAAAAGAGGAAGGAGAAAGGGAAAGCUUGAUCGGAGAUGAGGUUCCAACCGCUACCCGGGACUUGGCCGGCUUUGCCAGCACCAGUACUCUUCAUGGACUGCGGCACAUCUUCCGCACGGGUAGACUGGGCAUCAAGCAGAGCCUGUGGGCACUGGCGUUCUGUGCAUCCUUGCUAUUUUUCCUCUACCAGGCAGCAAAGUGUGCCUUGUAUUACCUCGAACACCCCCAUGUCACCACCUUGGACGAGGAAGUGAUGGGUGAGAUGAUCUUUCCAGCCGUCACCAUCUGUAACAUCAACCGAUUCCGUCACUCGGCUCUCUCCGAUGCCGACAUUUACCACUUGGCCAAUCUGACCGGACUCCCCCCGAAAGACCGGGAUGGCCACAGAGAAUCGGAUUUAGUUUACCCUGCCGCUAACAUGCUGGAAAUAGUCAACCGGACUGGGCAUCAGUUGACUGAGAUGUUAAAAAGCUGCAACUUCAGUGGGAAUAACUGCACUGCACAAAACUUCUCGGUGGUUUACACCAGGUACGGGAAAUGUUACACCUUCAAUGCCGAUAAGAGUAACCCAAAAGUGACCCGACAGGGGGGGAUGGGCAAUGGACUGGAGAUAAUGCUGGACAUCCAACAGGAGGAGUACCUACCUAUCUGGAGAGAGACCAAUGAGACGUCCUUUGAAGCUGGAAUCAGGGUCCAAAUACACAGCCAGGAUGAGCCCCCCUACAUCGACCAGCUGGGGUUUGGGGUGUCCCCCGGAUUCCAGACAUUCGUCUCCUGCCAGGAACAGAGGCUGACAUAUUUGCCCCAGCCAUGGGGUAACUGCAGAGCCAGUGCACCAUCAGGGGAAUUCCUUCCAGGUUACAGCACAUACAGCAUCUCUGCCUGCAGGCUACAGUGUGAGAGAGAGGCGGUGGUGAAGACCUGCUCCUGCCGAAUGGUCCAUAUGCCAGGAAAUGAAACAAUCUGCUCCCCCUCCAAGUACAUCAGCUGCGCUGACGGCAUCCUAGAUGCUGCAGUAGAAGACAAUAAUGAUAAAUGCACCUGCCCCACACCCUGUAACAUGACUCGCUACGGCAAGGAGAUCUCCAUGGUCCGUAUUCCCAAUAAAGGUUCUGCACGAUAUCUGGCCAAAAAAUACAACAAGAAUGAAACCUACAUCAGGGACAAUUUCCUUGUUCUAGACAUCUUCUUCGAGGCCCUCAACUAUGGGACAAUAGAACAGAAGAAAGCAUAUGACCUCGCCAGUUUACUCGGAGACAUAGGAGGCCAGAUGGGUCUGUUUAUUGGAGCCAGCAUCCUCACCAUCCUGGAGAUCCUAGAUUACCUGUACGAGUUAAUACGAGAUAAAGUCAACAAAUUGUUUCGGAGAAAAUCAUCUCCCACCAGAAAGCCGAAAGAUAACAUUGCAACGCUUGCCAUGGAUGACCUAAAUGGCCAGAGCUCCAUCGAGGUUCAUGGACGACAUCCAGAAGGAGCCUAUGCCACCACGAUGCUCCCCAAUCAUCAUCGACACUACACACACCAUGGUGUGUUUGAGGACUUUGCCUGCUAGACACAUAAUGGUGGGGUUAUACCCACCAAAGCCAACCAUUCUUUUUUCGACAGAGGCAAAGACAUCAUGUAUGAUUCCUACCCUGCCUCUCAACGACCGUGAAGGAAUCGAGAACUAACCCUAAACGGAAUUUUCAAGUACUUAAAUAAUGCAAGACGAUCUUAAGAGCCUCUGAAGUGGGUGAGAUAUUACACCUGCAAAUAUCCAGGACAUCACGAGGAGUUCGUUCCUGGGUCAUCAUUAAAUCUAUAGCACGGGCUUUAGAUCCGGUCUUCUUUACUUGAGUUCCUGCUCUUCAUCCAUCUUCUACAUCUCUUACAGAGGAUUAGAUGAGAACAUCAAGGAGUCCACAGUUAGAGUAAUGCAGGUUUAGAUGACACCACACAAAGUAAACAAUGUAUGGCGAUGACAAAGAAAUAAAUUUACGGGUCACGACUGAUGGUUUAUAGAAAAUCUUCUCCGAGCAGCACAGUCACCAAAUCAUCUGGUGUUUAUUAAUAUUUAUACUCAUUUUAUAUAGUGUGGAGACCCAGGCACAAAGACUAAACAGAUGUAACAUAUAGAUUGUCUACACACAAAGCACACUGGUUCCUCAAUAUAUAUUCUUGAAGUGUACAAAAGAUGGAGGACCCACCACCUCCCACCUUUAUACCUUCAUUAGGUAGGUCAAGACUUGAGCUUGGUUCUAAGCGAACAGCAUGGUUCCUCAAGUCUUGAGUGCUUUCCGAGGUUUGCCAGGCAAGACAUGUUAUUGGUGGGGACAACCUUACCGUCUACAUACUUAUUUUACAACCAUCUUAUCCCUGCUAAUAUCUCCAAGAACUAUUUAAACAAAAUAAUGAAAAGUUUGUCAAAUUGUUAUAAUUAGUCGAUAAAUAUGCAAUGGGAUGACUGUGUUUUUAUGGGUCUUCAGAUGUAUGGAUGUACAGACUAAUUUAGUACGUUUUCUGAAUACGUUGAGGUUGGUGGAGGCACGUUACACAAUAACUAUGGCUGGUAGAGGGUAAGGACACUGAUGGUGGGGGACAAUGAUGAAGACAAUCAGAUAGAAUAAGGGUUACAGAAGAUAUUUAGGUUGAAAAAUAAUUAAAACUGAAGGUAUAGAGUGCUUAGAUGUUUGAGGGCCCUCAUAAGGCUCAUAAAUUCGUGAGACAGCUGCAAGAUGCUCAAACAUGUUUUAUGGGUCCAUGUUGAGGACUACAAGAGGAACACAACUAAAAAGGUUCAGAAGGGAAAUUCUGAAGAUGAAGAGGCAAACUUUAAAAAGGAGAGGUCUUCGGCUCAGAUACACUGAAAUAAGACAAUCACAACUUGGAAGGUAUGGGUGAUCCUUAGGGAGAUCAGGCUGUUGUAUGGAGUCUUACAAUUAAUGCUCCCUAGGAAAAGUAUGCAAAUUAGCUCUCAUCCAAAAGGAAGAAAACUGUCUCUUCCGGUUACCUGUAGGUCAAUGUCCAACCCAUUAAAGAGCCUUGAAAUAUAAACGAGCUCAGAACUUAUAGGGGAUUUACAAUGAAGAAAGGGUCAUGGUUACAUGGACCAUACAGCAAAGACCAUAAAGGCAGCAAUAGGCUUAUAUACACUCUACAGAAGGCUUACACAUGAGUUAUGACCAUAGACUACUAAUGAGAAGGAAAACCUAUUACUUGAGGGAUUCUAUCCUGACUAUAGAAGAGAUGGGGAAUAAAUUGAAGAGUGAAUAGGGUACAUAUUGGAUAUACAACCAGUGGUAAAUAACUCGGACCAGUUCAGUAGACUAGUCCAGAACAGAAGAUGAAGAUAAUGAAGAGCAACUGGUAAAGGACUUUAGAGACAGUUCUAGGACUAUAAGUUCUAUAUCAAAGACUAAGAGUUCAAUAGUAGGUUCAUAAUGGAGAUAUAACCAUUAGGAGAGCGUAGAAUUAGCACAUUCAGAAGGUAGAUCGGUAAAGAUGGUGGACACUGGAGAUAAAGCCUUUGAUAUCUCGAUCAUACUAUGAAACUAAGAGGUUGAUAGGAAGGUAACACAAAAACUGAGUCAUUGCUUACAGUGACGGAAAUGCUUGGUACAGAGAGAGGACUGUAGAUAGGACCAAUGGUGGAGCAUUGAUACCAUAUCAACUGAUAGAGAGGCAGAGAACGAAGCUGGAGACCAAAAUUAAGCACGUACCAAUGCUGCGUAAGACAUGAUGACGUCGGUAAAGUAUCGAAAACGAAUUGAGCUGCAAAUACCUGGUGAGAUCGGGACCUACAGAAAGGACAUCCAGAUUUCUUUAAGAAAAUGUAAGGGGUAUCCAGCAAGAGCCUGGUUAUCCUUGAGAAAGAGUUCUGAACCAAACACUAAAAACUAAACAGGUUGUUAGACAAGUAAGGGACAGAUGGCUAUUCGUGACUCUAUAACUUCACGUUAGCGGGUAUGGAUGAUUGGGUGAAGCUAACCCUCAAAAUCUCACUAAAUAUCACAGCAAUCACUAAAAUAUAUAUCAUAAACGCUAUUUAUAAAAAAAAUCUAUUAAAAAACUGUAUAUUUUUAUUUUUCAUGUCAUUUGUUGGCGCUCUAGAGCCUAAGGCAGGCAUGCUCAACCUGCGGCCCUCCAGCUGUUGUAAAACUACAACUCCCACCAUGCCCUGCUGAUAGCUGUAAGCUGUUUGGGCAUGCUGGGAGUUGUAGUUCUGCAACAGCUGGAGGGCCGCAGGUUGAGCAUGCCUUGCCUAAAGGAAAGGAACAUCCAAAGAAAAAAUGAAUAAGGGCCCGACUCCUGGUUUCCACGCUUAUCCCAGCACCAGAGAGACUGUGCUCCCCUCCCUCUUCUCGUUAACCUAGGUGCGGUUUACCCCUCCCUCCGUUGGUAAGACCUCCGGGGCCUAUAGAAACCCGGCCUAUGUUGACAAGUUUGAGCUGCCUCCCUGUUCCCGCCAUGGGCUCCACAGUUCUAUGGUGCACCCCCUCAUGCAGGAUGUUACUUUUGGCUCAGAAACAACUGUAAUUGUCAAAAUGGAAGAACUCACAGUAAAAUACAUUAGCAAGACCCUGUUUUUUUGUGGUCCUUGUAUCUGGGGGUCCUAGGUGUUCGGCAUAAAAAAAUAUAAAAAAAUUACUGUUUUAUUUAAAAAAAGAGCGCUCAGGUGGACUGUGGUAUUGCAGCUCAGCCCUAGCGGAGUUCCAUUACCGGACAUAACCCAUGGACAGGGGUAGCGCUGUAUUUGGAGAAAUCAGUCAUGUUUUUCUAAAGCUGAACGACCCCUUUAAUUCUCCAGUACACGUGAGGAGGAGGAGAGGGCCGGACUAAUAUUCUGGACCUGACUUGGUAAAUGUCGAUCAUCCUUGGAGAGGCGCGUCCAUGUGAUGACUGGGUUUG